AGCUGAUGAUGCAAAAAAGAAAAAUAAGCGUUGUCGUUAAAGGUGCAAUGUGUUGUUCCUGGCAGGCUACUCAGCCUAACAGGCUCCAUAUGGUUAGGAUAAGGGCGAGGGCGGGCUAGGACAUCUGCUGCCUCACAGGAACAAAUAUUAGCGUUGCCAGUUUGUUUGUUUAUAAUUAAUCCUCCGAGAAUUGGACAAUAGACAGCGGCAUGGUCAGAAACCGGAGAUAUGAAGUACGAAUAUCCAACAUCAGAUUUUAAAUGAAACUCAUCAUAAUCCGGACUAAAUACAGUUUAAACAGCGCGAAUAUUCUCAUCAUCCUAAACGUGAGAGAGACGCGUUUGCAGACAGGAAUAACUGUUGCAUAACUGAGAUCUGCGGGAUAAAACAUUGUAAAAUGAUGUUUAUUAAAGAAGAGAGUGAUCACAUGAGUCAUCCAGAAUCAUGCAGUUCAAAUGUCAUGAAAAAUGAAGAUACUGAGGAACAAAGAGGCCUGAUGGAAGUGAAAGAGGACAGUCAAGAACUGAAUGAAGUGGAGGAGAAGAACCAUCAGUUUCAGAGACUUUAUGAUUUUAUAACUGGACAAAACUCACAUAAAAGAACUCAAAGACCAAGAGUAAAAAAAUCUUUCACCUGCCCUCUGUGUGGAAAGAGUUUUUCAGAGAGAUGUCACGUUAAGAAUCACAUGAGAAUCCACACAGGAGAGAAGCCUUUCACCUGCCCUCAGUGUAUGAAGAGUUUCAGAGAAAGUAGUCACCUUCAGAGUCACAUAAGAAUGCACACAGGAGAGAAACCUUACACCUGCCAUCUGUGUGUGAAGAGUUUCACACGUAAAGGAAGUCUUAAUAUGCACAUUCGAAUCCACAAAGGUGAGAGGCCUUUCACCUGCCAUCAGUGUGGGAAUACUUUCACACGUAAAGGGAGUCUUACUAAGCACAUGAGAAUUCACACUGGUGAGAAGCCUUAUACAUGCCCACACUGUGGGAGGAGUUUCAGACAGGCUUGUAGUCUCAAAAACCAUCUAUCCUUGCACUCUGGAGAAAAAUCAUGUUGUGAUCAGUGCAGCAAAACAUUUUCUUCAGCAUCAAUCUUAAGAACCCACCUGAAAAGUCAUGCAAACGAGAAGCCUUUCUUGUGUUCACUUUGUGGAAAGAGGUUUUCACAGCUGCAUACUUUAAAAGAGCACCAGAACAUACAUACUGGUGUGAGAGGUCAUGUGUGCUCUGAGUGUGGAAAGGCCUUUUACAGAGCUCACGACUUGGAACGUCACAAAAGAAUCCAUACUAAAGAAAAACCCUACAAGUGUUCACGUUGUGGAAAGAGUUUCAGUCAGUCAGGAGCCCUGACAGUACAUGAGAGAGUGCAUACUGGAGAGAAGCCAUACCACUGCACUUCAUGUGGGAAGAGUUUCACCCAAGCAAGUACUCUUCUGACUCAUAAUAAAAAAAAACAUUGUCCAGAAUUUUCACAGUGAGCAAACUUUAUCUUUGUUUAAUGUAAAUGGUGACAUUUUUGAAAAAUUAUCCCAAAAAAGCAAUUACAUUUAAAAAGGGUGAUUUGCUACUAUACAUUAUACAACUCAUUAAGCACUGCAGGUAAGGUACAGUGGGAUUUUGGCCUUUUCAGUAUUUGCUGUAGUUUAGUCAUGGGCAACUUAUUUUUGUAUUGGGCUCAGUAAUACUGCUAAAAAUUAUGUAAUUUAUUGUCAAUACCAGUAUUGUGGUAUAUAUAUUGUGCUGAAUGUUCAUGAUAACUAUUGUGAAUUGCAUCUGUUAUGGAAUGUGUUAUGACUAGGGACAUUUAAUUUUAUUAAUUUAUUUGCUGUUCAUUUAUCUAUUUACAGCAAAUAAGAUGUAUGUCCAAGGUAGUCUGAUUAGUUUGUGGGACCAUGAAAAUGGGACCCAAAAAUGUAAAAAUUGUUGUAACAUAAAAACAUCCAUUGAAUGAUGGUAAAUAUGAUGAGUGGUCUCUUUCUUAUUAAAAGAAAGCACAGUGUGUAUAACGGUUUAUUUAGUGCAACAGAUUCAAUGUAAAUAUAGAACAAUUGGAAAUAAAAUUAUUUUUACAUUA